AUGCUCUUUUACUCUACAAGGGAACUGUACAAAUUUGCAAAGCAUCAGUAUCGGUAUAAACGAGAGCAACUGCUACAAGAGUGUGUAGCGACUCCCAAACUCUUCAGGGUGCUGAGAAAAAUAAAAUAUUUAAAAGGCUUGGAAUUUCUUCGUUACGUUGGCCCUGAAGAAUGGGAAGUGUCCAAUUUCCUUGACUUGGAAUCCCUAUCCAUUUCUAUAAGUUCAAACAGAACACGCGUUGAUGUUUCGGUGUGGUGCCUUGCCUUGAAAAAUCUACGGCGCUUGCAGCUGGCUGGUUUCGAAGAAUGGCGAUCGAUUUAUGGUCCAAACGAAAAUAUUGCCUUGGAGGAGCUUGAAUUAAAUGAUUGUGAUCCUACUUCAGAAUGGCCCCUUUUUCAUCAGCUAAAAACUUUGAAGGAUUGCUAUACCAGAUUGGUACGUUCACAUCACCAAUUUGUUUUAAAGCACGCAAAGACCCUGGAAAAACUGGUGAUAAGCUACGUGUUAUCCGGAAAUGAGUUCUUUGAAAUAAUAGUAUGCUGCAAGAAUCUACGUUACCUUGAGAUAAAAAAUCUCAAAAUGCAAAUUAAUAAUGAGAAUUUGGUAACAAUGCUAGGCAUUUUAAAAGAGAAUGGUGUCACACGGCACAAGCCAUUUGAAAUUCGGCUUGAUCCAAUAAUGAGUUACGUUCCAGAUUUGUUGGAGGGUAUUUCCGGUUCAGAAAUAAUUCGUUUUCGAAGGAUUUACUCAGAAAUAAAUUAAACAUUUAGUUAAUAUUAUGCUGUAGAUAUAUUUUCGUUAUUAUU